AUGGCGGCGACGGCGGCGGCGGCGUACGGCGCGCUCAUUGCCUCGCUCCUCCUCCUCCUCGCGGCCGGCGCCGCCGCGGACGACGGGGCGGCGCUGCUGGAGGUGAAGAAGUCGUUCCGCAACGUCGGCAACGUGCUCUACGACUGGUCCGGAGACGACCACUGCUCCUGGCGCGGCGUCCUCUGCGACAACGUCACCUUCGCUGUCGCCGCGCUCAACCUCUCCGGGCUCAACCUCGAGGGCGAAAUCUCUCCGGCCGUCGGCGCCCUGAAGAGCCUCGUCUCGAUUGAUCUGAAGUCGAAUGGGCUGACCGGCCAGAUCCCGGACGAGAUUGGGGAUUGCUCGUCGAUUAAGACGCUGGAUUUGUCCUUCAACAACUUGGAUGGCGACAUACCAUUCUCGGUGUCCAAGCUCAAGCACCUCGAAACCUUGAUAUUGAAGAACAACCAGCUGGUCGGCGCGAUCCCGUCGACGCUGUCGCAGCUCCCAAAUUUGAAGAUUCUGGACUUGGCACAAAACAAACUGAGUGGGGAGAUACCAAGGCUAAUCUAUUGGAAUGAGGUUCUUCAAUACUUGGGUUUGCGCGGCAACCAAUUGGAAGGAACCCUCUCCCCUGAUAUGUGCCAGUUGACCGGCCUUUGGUACUUUGACGUGAAGAACAAUAGCCUGACUGGGGAGAUACCAGACACCAUUGGGAACUGUACUAGCUUUCAGGUCUUGGAUUUAUCUUACAAUCAUUUGACUGGAUCAAUCCCUUUCAACAUUGGCUUCCUUCAAGUUGCUACACUGUCCUUGCAAGGGAACAGGUUCACUGGUCCUAUCCCAUCUGUUAUUGGCCUCAUGCAGGCACUUGCUGUACUAGAUCUGAGUUACAACCAACUAUCUGGCCCUAUACCGUCGAUACUGGGAAACUUGACAUAUACUGAGAAACUAUACAUGCAAGGCAACAAGUUAACUGGGACAAUACCACCAGAACUUGGGAAUAUGUCAACGCUUCAUUACCUAGAACUAAAUGAUAAUCAACUUACUGGGUCCAUUCCGGCGGAGCUGGGAAAGCUUACAGGCUUAUAUGACUUGAACCUUGCAAACAACAGCCUAGAAGGACCAAUUCCCAACAAUAUAAGUUCUUGUGUGAAUCUCAAUAGCUUUAAUGCCCAUGGCAACAAGUUAAAUGGGACCAUUCCUCGUUCGUUGUGUAAACUUGAGAGCAUGACGUCUUUGAAUCUGUCGUCAAAUCAUUUGAGUGGUCCUAUUCCUAUUGAGCUUUCAAGAAUCAACAAUUUGGACAUCUUGGAUUUAUCCUGCAACAUGAUUACUGGUCCAAUUCCAUCGGCCAUCGGCAGCUUGGAGCAUCUAUUGAAACUUAACCUGAGCAAGAAUGCUCUUGUUGGAUUCAUCCCUGCCGAGUUUGGGAACUUGAGGAGUAUCGGUGAGAUUGAUCUGUCCAACAACCAUCUUGGUGGUCUGAUUCCUCAAGAACUUGGAAUGCUGCAAAAUCUGAUGUUGCUAAAACUGGAAAAUAACAAUAUAACUGGGGAUGUCUCUUCACUGAUGAACUGCUUCAGCCUAAAUACUUUAAAUAUAUCAUUCAAUAAUUUGGCUGGCGUGGUCCCUACUGACAACAACUUCUCACGGUUUUCGCCUGACAGCUUCUUGGGUAAUCCUGGCCUUUGUGGAUACUGGCUUGCCUCGUGCCGUUCCUCCAGCCACCAAGAGAAACCACAAAUCUCGAAGGCUGCGAUACUCGGCAUUGCUCUGGGUGGGCUUGUUAUCCUCCUGAUGAUUUUAAUAGCCGUUUGCAGGCCGCACAGUCCUCCUGUUUUCAAAGAUGUCUCUGUUAGCAAACCAGUGAGCAAUGUCCCCCCCAAGCUAGUGAUACUUAAUAUGAACAUGGCCCUCCAUGUCUAUGAAGACAUAAUGAGGAUGACUGAGAACUUGAGCGAGAAAUACAUCAUUGGGUAUGGGGCAUCAAGCACAGUUUAUAAAUGUGUUCUGAAGAACUGCAGACCGGUGGCAAUCAAGAAGCUGUAUGCCCAGUACCCGCAAAGCCUGAAGGAAUUUCAAACUGAGCUUGAGACUGUCGGCAGUAUCAAACACCGGAAUUUAGUGAGUCUUCAAGGAUACUCCCUAUCACCUGUUGGGAAUCUUCUCUUCUACGAGUACAUGGAAAAUGGCAGCCUCUGGGAUGUUUUACAUGAAGGUCAAUCCAAGAAGAAAAAGCUCGAUUGGGAGACUCGCCUUCGGAUCGCUCUCGGUGCUGCUCAAGGCCUUGCCUACCUUCACCAUGACUGCAGUCCGCGGAUAAUCCACAGGGAUGUAAAAUCAAAGAAUAUCCUCCUCGACAAAGAUUACGAGCCACACCUCACGGACUUUGGCAUUGCGAAGAGUUUGUGUGUUUCAAAAACACACACGUCGACCUAUGUCAUGGGCACUAUUGGCUACAUUGAUCCCGAGUACGCGCGCACUUCCCGCCUCAACGAGAAGUCCGAUGUCUACAGCUAUGGCAUCGUCCUGCUCGAGCUGCUGACGGGCAAAAAGCCCGUGGACAACGAGUGCAAUCUCCAUCACUCGAUCCUAUCGAAGACGGCGAGCAACGCGGUGAUGGAGACGGUCGACCCGGACAUCGCCGACACGUGCCAGGACCUCGGCGAGGUGAAGAAGGUGUUCCAGCUGGCGCUGCUGUGCACCAAGAAGCAGCCGUCGGACCGGCCGACGAUGCACGAGGUGGUGCGCGUGCUGGACUGCCUGGUGCACCCCGACCCGCCGCCGAAGGCCGCCCAGCCGCAGCCGCCCACCGGCCCGAGCUACGCCAACGAGUACGUGAGCCUGCGGGGCGCCGGCACGCUGUCGUCGUCCUGCGCCAACUCGUCGAGCACGUCGGACGCGGAGCUGUUCCUCAAGUUCGGCCAGGCCAUCUCCCACAACACGGAGUAG